GAAGUAGUGUCAGAGUUGCUGGGAAAAGAUAAAAGAAGGACAAUUUUUAUAUUAGAGUUGUUUGGGGAAGGCUCUGGUAAUGAGGUUAGUGGAAAGAAAUUUUUUUGGAAUUGGGCUAUUGAUUAA